UAUCAAACACGAGCUCCCUCGCAAACACACCACUCCUGGUGUACGCUACACCCUUCUCAUUCCCAUCAUAUAGGUUGCAUCGGUGAUGGGCAAAUUGAGAGUGAAGAUUAAGGCCAAGGCCAAAACGAAGGACAGGGAUGAGGAAGUACUCAAGGAAGUAGUGACUGGUGAGGAAAUAACGACACCUCUGCUACCUGACGGGGCGCGGCGGAGAAUUAAGAGAGAGGACCGCCCGCGCUACGAACCUGCCGAUUGGGAUGACUCCCUACCCUACGGCGGCAAGGUGUACCUCGCCAGACGGAAACUCCCAGACAGCUGGUUCUGCGUCUUUUUACAGGUGGUGGUGGUGGCGGGAGCAGUGGGUCUGGUGUACUAUGCUUGGUACCACUCUGACCACAUGCACUUCCACAUCACCAAGGUGUACGCCCACCUUGGCCACAAGGACGCCCAGGCAUCCAUUGGCCACAAAUUCCUCAACGGCAAGGGUGUGGAGGUGAACCACUCAGAGGCGAUGGAUUGGUUCAAGAAAGCAGCUGACCAAGGCCAUCCUGAGGCUGCCUACAAUGUAGCUGUGGGUUACCUUCAAGGACAUCCCACGGGACUCAAUCCAGGUGAUGCCCACAACCUGAUAAAACAUGCUGCAUCUCAUGGAGUACCCGAAGCACAGGAUGUACUGGAAAGAGUCUGUUCCUUGGGACACUGUGAUGUCUGAAUUCUAAGCUGCCAUCCUGUCUUGAUGCUGAAGUUAUGCAAAAUGUAAACCUUACUUUAAUUAGAUGAACCCUAAUGCACUCUUCAAUGAGUAACAGUUUCAUUAUAAUUCUAGUUUGUAAUGUGUUCCGGAGAUUUACAUUAUGCUUCAAAAUAAGUGUUUGACACUACUCAAGGCCCUCACCUGUGACACUUAUGCCUGAAAUAACUGAUUUUGUCAAGAUAUCUUGGCUUGUUCCUGAAUCUGACACCAAAAGAAAAUAUAGUAUUGCUAAUGUUGGUUAUCAUCACAGUACAGUAAAAUGGUAUGGAAUUACAUAUGGAUUGUGCAUUUCUAUUGUCCACAGUGAGAAUAAAUUUGAGGAAAUCAUCAAUGAAGAAUAAAUAACACUCCAACCCCUUGUUUGAUGUGUAACACCUCUCUACCUUCUCCACUUCACAUAUUGAAGAGAACAAUAAGGUCUGUUACUGAUAUAAAUACUAACCAGCUUUUAAAAUAUCAAAUGUUAAGUGAUCAUUAAUCCUACCCAAAAUACUAUUACUGUAUAUGUUUCAAGACACUUACAUUCAUAUGAAUGAUAUAGUAACACCGAAAACAAAUGUAAAGACAUGCUGUAUAUUGAAGAAAACAAAGGACAAAUGCAAAUACAUAUACUGAACUGUACUGUAUAUGCUAAUACGAGGUACAGGAAGAUACUGUACAGUAUGCUGUACUAAUAUGGAGUCCUUCAGGCAGUGAGUAAAAGCAUAAAUAACUUACAUUUACUGGGAUCCUAAGUAAAUAUGCAUCUUCAAAAUUAAAUUUGUAUAUUUCUUUACAUACAUCCAGUUAAUGAACUGGUUCACAUUUAUUACGAGUCAUACCAGACAUUAUAAUUUUGCGUGCUUAAUUUGACAGCAUCUUUACAUUAUCUCCUUCCAACUAGUACUGUAUACUGUACUGUAUCAGCACAUAUAUGAGCUCCAAUACAGUAUAACUUUAAUAAUACAGUACAGUACAUGUACCAACCAUCUGUCAAAAUGUAUACUGUAGAGUACAGCAUUUAAGAAAGCAUCAUCCACAUUCCAAUCUGUAUGCACUCCUAUAACCGAGUUAAAAACUGCACAGUACUGUACUGAUGUCAGACUACACAACACAGCUUCAUGGAGAUGCAGAGGUAUACAGUACUGCCAAUAUUGAGUGCAGACUGUCCAAGUAAGUGGACAUGAUACUGUAAAAAAGUACAAAAAUUUUAAUUGUCAUCGUGACCAUUUUCUGUUGCUUUGUACACUUGUCUUGCAUGAUUCUCCCUUUCUUGAAAGUUUGUGUACCAGUAAACAAAAGUAAGAGAUAAACAUCAUAGAUUAACAACUUAAUAAAGUAUUAUAACAUCUGAUAUUUCUCUCCUAAGAUAAUAUUUUCAGUUACAAAAAACAUUAAAAAGUGUUUUAUUUCCAUAAAUUUUUCUCCUUACAAUGGUAAAUAACCAGAUAUCAACAAACACUUUCUUUUACAUUGUAUAUGCAAGUUGAACCAAGAAAUGGGGUCAUUCAUACUGAAUGAGUUAGGAGUACUGUACAUUGAAACAAAAGGUGAGCAAGUAAAAAAAAAACUUCAGAAACAGACCCACAUUGUACCAUUUCAAAACCAUAUUGACAAUCAAGGUUUUUGGCACAGCUGUUAACCACCUUUCUUAGUUCAGGUCACAUGUAUUUUGGUAUCAGAGAACCAUUUGCAUCAUGCUUAACUAAUAUUUGCCUAUGGAUUGUGAAAACUGAAUUAGUAUAUUAUAGUUCAUAUAGCAUAUUAAUAGUAAACAUUACCCAACCUCAAGUGCCUAUUACUUUGGCAGUCAAUUUGGUGUUUAAUAGAUUUAAAAAAAUAUAUAUAUAACUGAAUUCACUUCAUUAAAUGGCAGUACAGUACUCCAAUUUUUCUACUGAAGGGAUAUUAACAAUGAUCUUGAAUGUGUAGUUACAAAAUAAGGAUCAAAAUCUUAGCUCACUUACUGUUUGCUUUUCAGUGACCAGUACAGCUGAAAAUUAUGACUAAUGUACAGAACUAUAUACAAUUUGUUUGGAUAAAAUAAUAAACAUUGGUAUAAAGAAUAAACCUUCCAGCCAUUACACUGCAAUAAACUGAUAAUUUUAUGAUAUCUUGGUAGAAAAUAAAUUAAGAUAUUUCUACAAUUAUUGUUCUAGUCGAAAAAAUUUCAUAUACUGUACAUAAUUACAAAUUCUUUAAUAAACCUGUACAACAUGACUCUUUUAUCACUAUUGUUAAAACAUGUUACUAUACUGUACUUAUCAUUAGUUACUAUUAUCAAUUUUUCGACCAGUUUUCACACAUGUUAUAUACGGUAAGCACUGAGACUGCUACCCCAUAAAUGGUUUCAUGGUUUAAUAAACAUCUCACCUACAUAUUGUACUGUACGAUACAUUAUCAUAUGUACAGUCAACUACUGAAGUCCGUUUACCUCUUCUCCUGAACCACGAACCCCAAGAUACAGACUCAUGAAUCCCAAGCCAUUUAUGGACAGUAUUACCGUAUGUAUCAAUCUACUGCUUCGGGUUCACGAAUCUGAAUCUCAGGGUCUUGUGGUUCAUGGGGAGAGGCAAACAGACUUUAGUAGUUGACUGUACCUGGAGCACUAGACACAGCUAAUAAACAAGAACAUAAU